AUGGUCCACCUCGUUUUAUCCCUGCCGUUCCUUGCCCUUCUGUCGUCCCUCAUCGCAACGAUACAAGCUCAAGGCUUAAACAACCCGCAGCGCACAUCCUCUACGACAUCAACAUCAACAACGACCCGCACAUCAUCCUCAUCCCCCGCAGCACCAACAAGCACGUCCCUGCACGGCCAGUGCGUCGACGCCUGCAUCGUCGCCAACCCCAUCGUCAACCACUGCGACGGCACCGAGACCGGUUCCGCGCUCGACCAAUGUAAAUGCAAAAGCUACACCCCGUCCAACGACCCUCUGAUCGGCUGUAUCCAGAGCUGUCCGUCCGACGAACAAUACAGCUUCGCCGAAUCACUCCCCAGUCUGUGCGCCCAGACACUAUUUCUAGGCCUGGAUUUGACGGACGCGCCGAAGCCAAGCGCCGUGAACACCGCCGCUAGUGCGACGCUCGGCACAGCACAAGCGGAGAAUUCAGGUACCGCUAGCGGUACCGGUACGGCGAGCGGGAAUGGCGCCGUGACGUUGUGUGGAAUGAGUGUGUUAGGUUUAUUGGGUGUGACGUUGGGGGUUGCCUUGUUUUUGUGA